AUGAGUUUUGCCAGGAAAAGCUCUUCAAAGAUGCCUACCAAUUGGUGGUUUAUUUUGCCCAUCGUGGCAUUUGUUCCAUGGUACGGAAUGUUGAUUGCUAUGUUAAUUUGCUGGGCUGCACAGGGGCAUCCCAUGUAUUGGUUCAUGCAUGGACCAAAGGCAUCUCCAGUAUAUAUCUCUGAUAUUGGUGCUACAAACCUAAGACCUCUUUUCAUAUCAUGUGCGGGAUGGCAAGGGCUAGGUUAUUUUUUAACUAUUAUUUGUGAGUAUUGGCAACGUGGUGGAUUCAAGAACAAGAAAGUUUUAAUGGCUCCAGGGUUCACCAGACAUGAGACUCGUCUGUUAUUUGCAUCCGCUAUAAUUGGUGGACUAGGUGAGAUAGCUCUGUUAAUGUGUUCUAUCUUCUCCACUGCAUUAUACCACCAUGUACAUUUAGCUAUGGUUGGUGUCUUUGUUGUUCUAAUGUUCUUUUCGGUAUGUUGUCAUUCAACUGCCUAUUUUAUAAUGGGGAAAUAUUAUGCGCUUAUUCAUCCAUUGUCAAAACUAAGUGAUUCAGAAAUAGAUUUAUCCAAUGUAUUAAGUAGACGUGAGUGGAAGGGUUAUAUUUGGAAUAAAUAUACUCUUAGUGCAACAUGUAAAAUGGUUUGGCUAACGCUUGCAGUCAUUUGGGCUAUAUGCUUUGGUGCAAUCUCCAAUGAUUCCAGAAGUGCAUGUUUUGAAUGGCUUCUGGCUUUCUGGUUUGGAAUCCUGUUCGUGAUUUUAGCUAUAGACUUUUAUCUAGGAUCGAGGUUCCAAACAGAAUCUUUAUAUUUUGGAUCUAUACCAAAAGAACAUUUAAUGCAGUUCCCAAAUUAUAGAUACUUAGUAGAGGCAGAGGAUUCAGAUGAUAGUAUGACCACCACUGUCGAUAAAGCCUAA